GGCCGCUAGCUCGCAGCGCUUCUGCUGUUGAACGAUUCAAGCGUCAAGUUAGUUAUGGCGUUUUGAAUACAGACGCACGUAAAUAGUUGUUUAAAUGUUAAUCAAUGUCAGUGUAAUUUAUAAAACUUGUUUUUAAUAUGAGCAGAUAUUACGAUUACGGCAACGCGAUAUCAUGUUGACAUGAGAUGGUCGCACGUCAACAAUGGUUAAAACACGAUCUUCAGCGAGAGUAGGAAGCGCGGCCCUGAGUGCUCCCACUGAAAAUGGAACCAGUUCCGAACUUAGAGCACGACUCAAAGCCACUGAGAACGGACACCGCUCACAAAAGAGCACAUCUAGGAACAAUCAGGCUUUACCGUCUGGCGGGACAGGUCACAGCGGUGGGUCUCAGGGCAAGGACCCCCUGGCCCCCGCUCUGCCCGGGUCCCGCACGCUUUACCAACAUCCAGGAGUCGCCGGGUACAACCCGCAAGACUCCCGAGCACAGCCGAUGCCCGUUACUGCGCGGCAGAAUCCGAUGUACGCCAGCGGCAUGUACCACGGGUAUGGGCACGGCGCGGGCAGCGCGACCCUCGCACCUAUGCCUUCGCCCUCACCCACCGCCCCACUGCCGCCCUUCCCCGUACAUCCAGAUGUUAAGUUCAAAAAGCUUCCAUUCUACGACGUGCUAGCUGAACUAAUGAAACCGUCUACCAUGAUGCCAAUGCAAGCGGGCCGCAUGCAGGAGGGCACGUACAUAUUCCAUUUGACACCGCAGCAAGCCACGGAGAUCGCUUCCGGCAAGGAUAUAGUCGGCACCAGUAACAAACUAGACUAUGUCAUACAGGCACAGUUGAGAUUUUGUCUUCUUGAAACUUCGUGUGAACAGGAAGAUCACUUCCCACCUAGUGUUAAUGUUAAAGUUAAUAAUAAAAUGUGUCCGUUACCAAACCCGAUACCGACGAACAAACCAACACCGGAGCCGAAGCGGCCGCCGCGGCCCGUGAACAUAUCGUCGUUGGUGAAGCUGUCGCCGACGGUGGCCAACACUAUCCACGUGACGUGGGCGGCGGACUUCACGCGCGCCUACGUGCUCAGCGUGUUCAUGGUGCGCAAGCUCACCUCCGCCGAGCUGCUGCAGCGGCUCAAGAACAAGGGCACCAAGAACCCGGACUACACGCGCUCGCUUAUUAAAGAGAAACUAUCUGAGGACUAUGACAGUGAGAUAGCGACAACUUCGUUGCGAGUAUCCCUGAUGUGUCCGCUGGGCAAGAUGCGGAUGUCUUGUCCGUGUAGGCCCGCCGCUUGUCCGCACUUGCAGUGCUUCGACGCAUCACUGUUCUUGCAGAUGAAUGAAAGGAAACCCACGUGGCUGUGUCCAGUGUGCGAUAGGCCUGCGCCCUACGACUCGCUAGUAGUGGACGGAUAUUUCCAAGAGGUGUUGACGUCGCCGCGCUUGGUGAGCGAGUGUAACGAGAUCCAGCUGCACGCGGACGGCAGCUGGAGCGCGCACGCGCCGCCCGCCCGCGCCCCGCAACAGGCGCAGCCGCAGCCGGAGCCGGUCACGCUCAUAUCGGACGACCUAGAGGUGAUACCUGUGGAGGGUGGCAACACCGGGGGCGGUAAACGUGCAGCGGUGGGCGAGGCUCGUACUCCCCGCCCCGCCGAGGCUGUGGUCGAUCUCACGUCGGACUCGGAGGACGAGUUGCCACUCAAGAGGAAGGUGCCGCAGCCCAAACAUACCCCGCCAGUACUACCAGAGUCCACCAUCAAGACUGACGAACCGUACAACGGAUCCACGGAGACUGUCUCGUCGAGCGGGUACAGAUCGCCGGGCGCGGGUGGCGGCGGGAGCGGGGGCGGCGGCGGUGGCGGAAGCGGAAGCGGGAGCGGGGCGGUGAUAUCGCUCGACAGCCCGUCGCCGCCCGCGCCCGCCUCACCGCAACCCGACCCGCUGCCAGAUCACCCACACCUCUCCAUCACGCCUAUAGAAAGAUGCACAAGUAAUAACACAGAACGUGAAGAAGGCGAGGCGACACCAACACACUGGGCUCCCUACGCUGAGGCUGAUAGGGACAAUCAGGAAUACAGGAGGUACUGACUGAGGGAGAAGAGUGGCCGCCCGUCGUACGCCGGCGACCAUUCUUCUGAAGAAGAACAGGAAACGUCUUAUCCCGAGGUGCCCUUGCUGCCGCCUUAAGCGUACGCUGGCCUGAUAUCUACCAAUAUUGAAAAUAUCGCAUUUUCUACACAUCAGCAGUCUCGUUUCUAAUUAUCAUUCUGUUUCUUCAAUAAACUGCAGAAAUAAGUGAAAGCUUUAAUUAAUUCCUAGGUUAUCACAACCUGCGGGAUGAACUGUAAUGAUAAAUGGAGCAGUGGAAUGGACUUAGCACACGUGAAGUGGACGGAAUAUCCGGAUGACAAUUUAUAGUUUUCAUUUAGAUCUAGAUGACAAAUCAAUGAGGAAAAUGUUAUUUAAUAUUUUUACUUUUACACCUGUAGACAUGUUUCCAUACUAAAUCGUUACAAUAAUGAACACAGAAUUUUAUAUGAUUUCAAAUUGACUGUUGGCAGUGCCUUUAUGAUUUAAAUAUGAAUAAAGUUAUUGCAUAUAUUUUCAAUUUGACAGUGUUCAUUAUUAUCUAAAUAUUUAUCAUAAAUCAGUUAAUUUUAACUGUACUAAGCUCGAAUUCCAAUAUUUCCGAUUUCUACAUGGAGUAAAUAUUAAUUCAAGUAAUACAUGAUGUGACAGUCAUAGUUUUAAACAUUUUUCUAUGAUUUCCAUGUUUCUUAUUUAUUUAUGUUAAGGUAGGGUGUAGCCAAUUUGUGUAAAUUGAAUGAGUUUGGGAGUCCCAUAAGUUUAUGACAGGCAACUCCAAAUAUUGUAUGUUCUGUGCUAAGACGUUAUGAAUAAGAUGUAAUAGAAUAAAUGUAAAUAUGCUC